AUGGCCGAUGAAGAGGAGAAGCAGCAAGUAGACAAGCACAACUGGGGAAGCGAGGAGUUGUCGAAAGUUUCCGACACAAAAGAGGACGGCGACGACCUGAAAUUGAACACCGACGCGCUGGGAAAUCUGUUCAACGCGUCCGCACCGGCUCGUCCGAAAAUCAAUAUCAAAAAGGAGGAUUUACAGUUGAUAAUGAACGAAUUGGAGCUUCCGGAGGCCACUGUACGCGCAAAACUCAUCGACACCAACGGAGAUGUCGGAGAGGCGUUGAGAUCUCUUUGUGGACUUUAA